GGAAAGGACAUCACAGAAGGACAAAGCAUCUGCAAAAAUAACAAUGUUUCGGCUCCUCCUGCUUGUUUGUGUCGGUGUGGUGGCAGUUCGUGCCAACCUUACUGGUGUCACUGUCGCAACUGGUGACUGUCUCUGUGUCAGCGGCACCGGCGUCAACGCUCGUGACCACGCGGGGACAUCGGGUACCACUGUCGUAGCGACCUACAACACCGGAAGUUGCUUCAAGUUGUACGGAGGCGUCCUGACUGUCGGCCAGUACACGUGGUACGAGUUGACAGACGGCUCUAAGCGCUUUUGGAUCGCUGGAAACUAUCUGACCAAGUCAGCUGCAAGUGCUUGCACCGCCGGCGCGUGCAGUGCUCGAGAGAAGGAGUUGGCGUGCGAGCUGUUCCAUAGUUCAGCAACGUGAAGGCGGCGCAGUCCCA